CCGUUGACUACUUCGCGCCAAAGUUUGAAACGUUGUUCGGAGGAAGAACCUGAAGAAAAAUGGCGGAGAGAGAAAAGUUGUCCAAAUCCAAACACCGACAGAAGAAGGUGAACAACGACACCUUCCUGUCGUCCAGCUCUGACCCCCCGGGCUCGGCCAACAAACCCCGCCAGAGGAUCGGGAACAAAACGCUGGAGACGUCCAGCAUCAACUCCAGUGUUGUGGAGGAGAAGCUGUUCGGGCAGAGCCGGGAGGAAGAGGAGGCUGAGGACGGACCUGUGCUCUUCAUCUGCGGGAAGUGCAAGUCACCUGUGGGGGAUUCUCUGUCCUGGGAUGGAAGUGAGGACGGACACAACCAGAUCAGACUGAAGAGGGUCACUGACAACGUCUUGGUUGGAGAGGACAGUCGACUGCAUGAAGCAGGCAAAGACUCUCUCUGUCUGAUCAUGGAUCUCUUCUGUCGCGCCUGUCACUCUGUGCUGGGCAUGGUUUACACGUCCACGCCUAAGAAGCUGGACCACAAGAGAUUUGCAUUCUGUUUCAACGUUGCAGACAUCGACAGCUAUGUGCUCGGAUCUGCAAGCCAGAUGUUGGCAGCAGAGGGCCCCAAAGAGCAGCUGGUCACGCUGGAGUACAGAGGCGUUGUUGAACAACAGCUAACAGAGAUGAAAAUGCUGGUCAUGUCCAUGGCACAGAGGUUGGAGGAGAUUGAAGCUGGGGUCCAGGAUGUAUACGAUGAGGUGUGACAGCGAUGGACGACCGCUGGAUGUCUGGGUGGGUCCAGGUGUUGAACUUACCCUUUUUUUUAAUAUAUCCUCACCCCCAUCUCUACCUUGACAUUAAUGCUUCCUCUUCUAAGUUUCAUCUCAAAGACGUUCCGUUAGUGGCACGUCUUGUCCUAGCUUCACCUUGUGUAGAAACACCACACACACACUGUUCGCUUUGUUCUGAUUACCGAUGGUGAAACAAAGAUUCCCCGCACUCGUAAUCAAUCAUGUUGUCAGCUUGUGCUCCUGCGGCUCGAGGCACCAUCUUUCCUGUGUGUCUUGGUGCGGAGUGAGUGUGUGCUGGGAGCAGAAUGUUUAUUUGUGCAGGAUUUCAUCAGGCGGGCUGCACACUCAGCACAUCGCCAUAUCGAUUGGGCCACUGGAGGCCACAGACACUUUUCUCUUUGUUCUCCUCCUGAAACAUGAGGCCAUGAAGGCAGAUGAACCCGCUGGAAUAAAUGUUUUAAAUGGCUGGAACAGAGCAACACUCAAUUUGUAUUGACAACCUUUUAAAUAAAAGACACACCGUGUUAACUGCAUAAAAAUAUUUAGAAUGCAAUUCAAAUAUUGCCAGCAUUUAAAAUAGACAGCUGUUUGCAUUCGUUCAUUUGUUGUUGUAACAUUUCUUGAUUAUUUUUGUUUGUUUGUUCACAGUUGUACCAGUUUGGUUUUG